AGACAAUGGCUGUGGUUUCGAUUCAUCAGUUCAAUGAGUGCAUCACUUGCCAUGCCUGGAAUUCUGAUCGCACAAUGAUUGCAUUUUGUCCGAACAAUAAUGAAGUUCACAUACAUGGCUACUCAAAGGACAAGUGGGAGAGGGUACACAUUCUUCGAAAGCAUGAUCAAAUGGUUUCUGGUAUAGAUUGGGGUGCAAAAUCAAACAGAAUUGUUACAGUAUCACAUGAUCGGAACUCAUAUGUUUGGAACCAAGAAGAAUCUGAAUGGGUACCGACCCUUGUUAUUCUUAGGCUAAACCGUGCAGCUCUGUGUGUUCAGUGGAGUCCAAAAGAAAACAAGUUUGCUGUUGGAAGUGGAGCUAAAACUGUGUGUAUAUGCUACUAUGAGCAAGAUAAUAAUUGGUGGGUCAGUAAAGUUAUCAAGAAACAACAUGAUUCUUCUGUGACAAGUGUUGCUUGGCAUCCUAAUAAUAUCCUUCUUGCAACAACAUCUAUUGAUGGAAAAUGCCGAGUUUUCUCCACUUUAAUCAAAGGUGUUGAUUCAAGGGAUUCAGGAACAAGUGUGUCUUCUGAUCCAAAAUUCGGGGAGGAAAUCAUUCAACUUGAUCUCUCAUUUUGCUGGACAUUUGGUGUAAAGUGGUCUCCUAGUGGCAAUACCUUAGCUUAUGUAGGUCACAAUUCUAUGAUCUACUUUGUUGGUGAUGUUGGCCCUUCUCCUCUCACCCAAAAUGUAGCAUUCCGUGAUUUACCUCUCCGUGAUGUCCUAUUUCUUUCUGAGAGAAUAUUAAUAGGUGUUGGCUUUAGUUGUAAACCCAUGGUUUUCUCAGCAGAUGAAACUGGUAUAUGGAGCUUUUUAAGAUUUCUUGAUGAUCGAAAAGUAGCAUCAAAAUACAGACAUGGUCCAAAGUUGCCUAAAGCAUUGGGAAAACUAUAUGGUCAAUCAAAAAAAUCUGGCAGGGGAGGUGUUCAUGAUAAGUGCAUAAAUUGUAUUCUGCCACUAAAGGAUGAUGAAGAGAGUACUAUAGUGAAGCGAUUUAGCACUUCAGGAUUGGAUGGCAAAGUUGUGGUAUGGGAUUUGGAAAAUCAAAAAGAUAUUUCUUUAAAUUCCUGAAGCUGCCUCCUCACCGGGUCGAAGAGAUCAAUUUGAGACUAUAUUGAAAAUUCCUUUGGCAUGAUAUGAUGCCAUACCAUGUUUUAUGUUAUUUUGUUUUAGUAGAAAAGCUUGGGGAACUCAUAUUAGUUAGAAGUGUACUGGAAUUUUAUCAGAACUUUAAAUGAUUAAGUUGUGAACACUUUAUUUUGGUAAAGAAGCUUGUUUAUCAAACAGGAAUACCAUGUAAAUGAAAUUUUGGGGUUGAAUCUUCCAAAUAGAGUUGGAUCUCUAUGGAGUAUCCUGAUAA